AUGGAGCUUCGUGCGGUGGACCUUACUCACGUUCGUUACUAUCACGAUGACCCCCUCGGUGUAGUCAUGGCAUGGGCCUCGCUCGUCCCCGUGUUCAUCGCAUUCGGCUGCUUCCCCACCCACGUGGUCUUCCGCCGCGAUUUGCGGACCAUGUUCUUCAUGCUCGGCCUCCUAUUGGACGACACGUUCAACCACGUCAUCAAGCACGCGCUCGAGAUGCCGCGUCCGCCGCACACGUGCGCGGCGCUCGAGUCCCGUCCUCUUUUUCCCGGUUCCUCCCAUCCCUUCACAGUCUGUCUAAAACCACCUCUUCCAUUCACCCUUCAUUCCACUUGCCCCCUCCCCCUUCAUGCCCCCCCUCCACUCCCCCUUCAUGCCCCCCUCCACUCCCCCUUCAUGCCCCCCUCCGUUUUUAUGCCCUCUUCCCUUCCUCAUCCCUCCCCCCACUCUUUCAUGCCCCCUACCCCCUCAUGCCCCGUCUUUUUUUCAUGCCCCCUAACCACCCCCUCCCUCCCCUUUCUUUUCAUGCCCCUAUCAUCACCUCAUGUCACCCACCUCUUUCAUGCCCUUAACCACCCCCUCCCUCUCCCCUCUCUCAUCGCCCCCUACCCCUCAUGCCCCCCCUUCUUGCAUGCCCCUAACCACCCUCCCCCUCUUUCUUUUCAUGCCCCUCAUCACCCCAUGUCACCCACUUCCCUCUUGCCAGUUCUUGCAUGUUUCAUCCUGGGCAUCCUCGCCGAGUCGCCGCCUCCGUCUGGUUCUCUCUGGAACGAGGCAGUCCUAGCAGGCUUCACCUCGGAAUCCUCUCGCCUCCACCUGGUUCUACGUGGUGCACCGUGUGCUCGCACCCUUCUUUGCUUCACCUUACCACUCUUCGUCCCUUCACUCACCAUUCACACCCGCCUUCAGGUUCUAGCCGGCUUCACCCUGGGCAUUCCCUCAGCGUCCUUCUGGUUCUACGUGGUGCACCGUGUGUUUGCGCCCUUCUUCCAGCCAUCUCCGACAGCCCAUCUCCGACAGCGUGUGGGGCGGUACCUGUGCAUCAAGGACGACUGCCAUAUCCGCAACGUGGCUGUCUUUGAGUACCUCAACUCGCAGCUGAGCGAGGGAGGAGCAGCGCGCGCGAGAGAAAGCGCAGAAUGCAGAGCAGGAGAAAUUGCUGGAGAAAUCUCAGGAGAAAACGCAGGAGAAAACAGAAACGCCACCGGCAAUUACACUCGUCGAGGCGCUGCCUUUCGAGUCGACUCAAAAGUCAGCCCCUUCCCCUCUUCCUCCCUUCCCUUCCCCUUCCUUCCCUUCCCCUCUUCCCUCCUUCCCUUCCCCUUCCUUCCCUUCCCCUCUUCCCUCCUUCCCUUCCCCUUCCUUCCCUUCCCCUGUUUCAGAAACGCCACUGGCAAUUACAACCUUCUCGUCGAGGCACUCCUAGUGGAUGCGGCAGGCGGUCCGCCCGACUCGCUCGCAAUCGUGAAGGGCGCCGUGUGCGACACCGCCGCGACGAACGUCCUCGCGCUGCCGCUCGCCGCGGCGGACUGGCAGCAGCGCGCGGGGUGGUGGCUGCUGCACGCGGAGGCGCGCCUCGACGCGUUCCUCGAGAAUGCGGACGCCGCCACCCUCGACGCGCUGCUCGCGGUGCUCCCCAACGCCUCGCUUCCGCGCAAGAUCGGCGGAGGCGCCGGCGGAGGCAGCGCCGGGGGCGCGCGGAGCGGGAAGGGUGGGAGGCCCAUGGGGCGGGAGCUGGUGAUGCGCGCAUUCGGCCGCCCUGCCAGGCAGGGCGGACAGAAGAAGGGGGGGCAGCAGCAGCAAGGAGGGCAGCAGCAGCAGGGGGGAGCGCAGCAGCCGCCUGCAGGUGGUUUUUCAGGUGGAUUUCCAGGUGGUGAUGGCGGAGUGAACAGCACAGUGAGCGGGUAUGCUGUGCUGGCGGGCAGCAGCGCAGCAGGUGUGACGUGGGGCGGACAGCUCAUGGGUGGCAAAAUUCCUGAUGCUGCUACUGCUGGUUCUGCUGGUUCUGCUGCUGGUUCUACUGCUGCUUGGUAUUAG